AUGAGCUACAAUGACAUUAACGAUGAAGAAACCGAGUUUCAAUUGAAUGAACUGUGCUUGCCCACCGCUUCGUCCCCAGUGGGCCGGGCGAAACAGUGGAAUUUGCUCGUGGAGGCCUACAGAAGAGUUGCCGGUGUACCCGGUGCCACCUACGAAGUCGAAGAAAGCGAAGCCAAUGACGGGCUUGCAGCAUCUCUAUCCAGCGCCAACGUAUCCUUUGUUUCAGAUGGUUCGGAUCGGAAAUCUUACUGGGCAAGUACCAUAUCCGGACCCUCCACCUCCUCUUUGCCGCAAAUAGAUUAUUCCGAGUUGCCGACUGGCCUCUUUGCACAGGGAUCGUUCAGCAACGGAAAUUCCUCUGUGCCAUACUCUGCCUUGACGGAUGCAUUCAACGACGUCAUUGGACAACUCUUGUUGGAUUGCCUCGUCGACCACGAAGCGUUGAGACAAGAACUGGAAAUGGCGAUUGGAGCUGACUUUGUCAGACUUUUCCACAUAGUGCCAAGACUCCAAGAUAUCAUAGGAGACGCCCUCGUCGCACAACCACUGAAUACAUCUGGGUCGCUCCUCACUGCCGAUUCCGCUUCCGGUGUCAGAUACCUCUUUCGGACGCUGGUGCGAGCACUGGCCGCUGUUGUCGGCACUUUCUAUGACGGACCCCUCGUCAUUUUUCUUGAUGAUGCUGAACGCAUUGAUCCCGCAUCGGCUCAGUUGUUGACAUCUCUUGGAACAGAAACUGAUUCGGACAAUAUCCUCUUCAUAUUGGCUGUUCGAUCUGAAGAAUUUCAUCACGACCACCCUUUGCGCGCCACGCUCAAGACAGUAGAAGAGGCUGCGGCCGUGCGGUUCUCAAACAUACAGCUCGAUGAUCUCACUCGAGACCAAGUGACAGAGGUCUGUGCCAGAGCCAUUCGACGAGAGCAUGUCAAUCGGGAAUCUGCUCAACCCUUGAGCGACCUCGUGUACCAAAGGACUCGUGGGAACUGUUUCUUUGUCGUGGAAUUCCUUCGCAGCCUUUCCGACCGGGGCCUCCUGCAGUUCAACCUCAGUACACUACAGUGGUCAUGGCAGAUCGAUCAGAUACAGGCAGAGACCUGUGUCUCCGACAAUGUCGUUGACUUGGUGGCAGGAAAGCUCAAGACUCUGUCAAAGGAAGCACGUUAUGUGCUCGUAAUGGCCAGUUGCAUUCAUUCUCCAAGGAUUGACCUCAAUGUCUUGACCAAGAUUAUCCUUGCCUACCCAAACGCAAAUGGCGACAAGCUGUUUGGCGACAGUUGGGUCGGCGACAGUUUCAUUGCUCUCCACAAUGCGAUUGACUGCCCGGAAAUCAACGAUGAGGCCGAUGUACAGAAAAUCCUUGAGUCACUCGUAUCGCUGGGACUCAUGGAACGGCUUUCUACCGUCGAGGCAAAAUCUGCCUUCAAAUUUGCCCAUGAGAAAAUCCGCAAUGCGGCCGAGCUGUUGAUCCCUAAAGACUUCACGGGUCAAAUGCUGCAUGUUCGUAUCGGAGAGCUUUUGAAGGCUAUGCUGGCAGAUCCUGAUGCCCAGACUUGGAUGCUAUUUGCUUGCUUGGACCAUCUGAACCAGGGUCCCGAGAGUGUUCUCAACGAGCGGCAAGACGAACUCGUGGAGUUGAACCACCAAGCUGCUGACAAGGCCGCACAACUUUCGGCAUUUGUUCCCGCUGCCACGUACUACAAGGCAGCCCUGGAUAUGUUGGAGAAGACGCCAGAACUCAACAAGGACAAGAUUCAGUUGCAGCUUCGGUUGAGAACCGACUUGUCGAUUUGCCUGUACCGGAGCGGCAAGCAUGACGAGAGCGAGGAAGUGGCCAAGGCAGUUGUUGGCAGUGGCGUGGCGCUUUCCGACAAGCUCCCUUCUUUCUACAACCUUAUUGCGGUGUACAAGGCGCAGGGCAAGAUGAUGGACGCGAUUUCUUGUGGUAUGGACCUACUUCGUGCCACCGGAGAAAAGUUCACGAAGAAGCCUUCCAAGCUCCGGAUCAAGCUUGAAACAGCCAAGGUCCAGAAGCUUCUCAAGAAAUACAGUGACGAGCAGCUCGUUGCCUUGCCACCAGCCACUAAUGAGCUCAAGGCGGCUGCAGUAAACGUGUAUGCGAUCCUCUUUGGGCCAAUGUUUCACUGUGGAUUUACCGCGGCAGUGGAUCUCUUGAGGCUUCGGUCUAUCUACUUGACAAUCAAGUACGGAUCCUCCGAUGCUUCUGCCUUGGCCUUUGCAUACUACGGCUCUCAUUUGAUUUCGCAAGGUCGCAUUGAUGCAGGGUACCGGUUUGGCAAGCUAUCCAUGCAGCUUUUGCAACGUGCGACGUCACAGGAGCUGACAGCCAGAACCACGCUUGUGGCGAACUUUCUCGUUACCCAUUGGAAAGAUCCUCUGAGCCAGACUCUUGAUCGUUUGAUGAAGGGAUAUGACGUGGGCAUGAGGGAAGGGGACAUCGAAAUGGCGUUCACUUGUGCAGGUGUUUAUCAGGUGCAUCGCUUCUACCUGGGUCUGUCUCUUACAGAGGCUGAAAAGGAUCUUCGUAAAUUCAUUCAGCAAAUGAAAGAGUAUGGCCAGCAUAAGGAGCUCACUCAGUACAGGCCGUUGCACCAAACAAUGCUAAACCUCAUGGGCCGCACCGAACACCCUACUAUCAUGACCGGUGAUGCCAUGGACCAGGUUGAGUUUGAACAGGGAAAUCUUGGGGUUGUGGUUAUGAAGUCCUACCGCAUGCAGCUUGCUUAUUUCUUUGACGAUCUUCCUCUGGCCGAACAGCUCAUGAACGAGCUCCGUCCUCAUUCGAACUCGUUUGUGGCCCCCUUUUUCCAGGUUGCCCGUCGUUUCUUCUUUGCCUUGAUUCGAAUGGGAGUUGCUCGCAAGGCUCCUGCGAAGAACCAGGCUGCCAUGCUGAAGAAGGCGUCUAAGGAAGACAUUGAGUGGCUUGAGAUCCGGGUCCGUGGCGGUGCCAUCAAUUGUUUGCACAAGCUCCUGAUCCUCAUGGCGGAGAUGUCAACAUUUGACUCGGACCAUGACACCAUUGGAAAAGCCUAUGACAAAGCCGUCAUGACAGCAGGAAGAUCCGGUUUUUCGCAAGAUGAGGCUUUGGCGAACGAGUUGGCAGCAUCAUUCUUUUUGUCAGUGGGAAACUUUCCAAAGGCAUCCAAUUACCUAACGAGAGCUCACGAGCUGUAUGAAUCCUGGGGAGCCCAUGGCAAAGUGAAGCAACUCGAGGAGAAGUAUGUGUUGAUCAAAGGAACGGGUCCUGCCGUGGCGAGCACAGCCGGUGGUAAGCGUCGUUCCCGAGGAUUGAAGGCGGGAAAGUCUCAUAUUGGAAGGCAGAGGUUUUCUGCCAAAAUGUCAGACACCCACAAACACAUCGAGUCAUCCGCAGCUUUCAGCAACUUGAGUGAGGAUUUUUCUGUGAGCGAUCUCAAGCAGGCAACUCAGUUCAACGUCAAAGCUGCCGCGGCAUGA